UUGUGCUCGUUAUUUUCGUAUAUCUUCUACAAAAUAACUUUACUUCUUACAUCAUCAUUAUAUUAUUACACAUUAUCUAACAUCUUUAACUUGUCAUCGUUUUGUCUUUAAAGGCAUAAACUAUAUUUAUUGCAUUUUAAAAACAGAAAAAGCACACGGUAAACCUGUUCAUAACCAGUUCAAAUAAAACGACAAUGGCGUGUGCCUGAGAUAUAAAUGCUGUACAAUAUAAUGUUAGCGAAGACACGUUCCCUUAGAUUCAAUUAUGAUUGUUACUUAAUUAACGUCAAAAUGAAAUGUAUCUAUCAAUUUAGAGUUUCUACCCGCUCUUCUUUUUGUUUUCAUCGCUGUUAAGUGAAUUAAUCCAUCGCAUCGAUCGGAGUGUAAAGAUAAUCAUCUUGAACGAUAUCGUCUACGGCACAUUAAAUUAAGAUUGAGUCUUAUCCCUCGAUCGCAAUCUAAACCUUUCCUCCCGAUUUAAUGUAUUUCAACCGAUGUAUCCGUAUUACAGCUAUUGAUUAGAACAUUCGUAAAUUCACCGAGUUUUUUAAGUAUUAUAUGACACAUCUGUUGCAUAAAUUUCUUUACGGUAACGUUUGGAAUUACAUGUUUUCGCGAAACUCAGUUUCCCUCUAAUAUUCACGAUAUUUACGUAGAUAAACUUUUACUCAUCUGACUAUUAAUUAGCAUUAAACAGCACAUUACUACGUCCACUACACAUUACGAAGUCUAAUUUACCGAUGAAAAUUCUGUGGAUUGCGUGCUGGCUUAAUGUUAAAGAUGCCAAGCAAUUCUUUACGUAAUAACUUCUCUUGCGUUUUACAGCAUGCAAUGGAAACGGACACAUUCGUUCGCGAGACCUUGUCGAACACUCAUGAACUUUUGGAUCCUCGUGCUCAUUGUGUCUCCAAAGUGUAGGGAAAAUCGCGUAGAUUUCGUAUUUUGGUGGAAAUUUUCAAAAUUUACAUAGCUCGACUCAAGUUAAAUUUUUCGUCGAGUGAAUGGUGUAAGUUUCACAAAAUGGAUACGUUUAUCGAAGGCGAAACUAACAGGUUGCAAUGGCAAGACUAUCUUGUGAUCGGCGCAAUUAUGUCGGUCUCCGUCUUUAUCGGGCUUUACUAUCGAUUCAGCGGUGGUCGACAAAGUACUGCGGCGGAAUACUUCUCCGCGGACAACUCAUUAGGUGUCUUGCCCCUCUCGAUCGCCAUGAUGGCCUCUCAUGUAUCAGGAAUUACCAUGCUCGGAAUGAGCGGGGAAUCUUAUAUCCGCGGCCUGAUCGUUGUAUUAAUGUAUACUACCGGCAUUUUCAUCGUGCCCAUCAUAGUCGUACUUUAUCUGCCAGUUUUCUUCGAAGUGAAGGUCGUAAGCAUCUACGAGUAUUUAGAAAUGCGAUUUGGGCUGCACAUGCGAUUGCUCGUAAGCGCGGCAAAUUUCACCGAGACGAUGUUACUGACCGGCGUGAUGCUCUACGCUCCUUCGUUAGCUCUCGAGGCUACCACAGGCUUGUCUAGCACCAUGAGCAUUUUGAUACUCGCUGUAAUCUGUACCUUCUAUUCCACGUUGGGUGGCAUCAAAGCGGUUUUGAUCACGGACAUCUUCCAAGGCUUGCUUAUGUUAAUUGCUCUGUCCAUCAUCAUUUUUAUCGUCGCCCAGAACAUCGACGGAGGGAUCGGCGCCAUUUGGCGUAUCGCGCAGGAGGGAGGUCGUUUAAAUUUCUCCGAAACGUCUUUCGAUCCAACUGUGCAAUACACAUGGUGGAGUCUUUUGAUCGGGGGAGGAUCGAUAGGUCUAGCCUAUCUUGCGGUUAAUCAAGUGCAAGUUCAACGUUUAAUGACCGUUAAAAACGUAAAGGUGGCCACGAACGCGCUAUUUCUGUGCGGUCCAUUAAUCUUACUAGUAGGAUUUUUAACAUGUUUCGCCGGAGUCUCGCUUUACGCACUCUACAAAGAUUGCGAUCCCGUUGCCUCCGGGAAAAUUUCGACCUACGACAAAAUACUGCCUUACUACACUGUGGAGCAAUUACCACCCGGACUGGUCGGUCUUAUAGUUUCCGGUGUCUUCAGCGCCAGUCUAAGUACAAUUUCCGCUAUGAUGAAUUCACUAGCCGCGGUAGCGCUCGAAGAUUAUGUCAAGCCACUGCAUCGGAAAUUCGGAAUAGAGUUUUCUGAUAAAAAGGCCACUUUCACAGCCAAGGCCCUCACCGUUUUAAAUGGCGUUAUUUGCAUGUUCUUGGCGUUAAUAGCGAAGACAAUGGGCACAUUAGUCGCCGUUGCCUUUAGCGUGCACGGGGCUAUCGGCGGGCCGAUUUUAGGUAUCUUUACUCUCGGAAUGGUCAGCGAGAGUGCUAACGAGACGGGGACUAUUAUUGGCAUGAUUACGGCGUUAACCGUCUGCCUGUGGGCUACUUUCGGGAAACCUAAGCCACCAGUUCCGAGGCUACCGGUGUCGAUUGAGGGUUGCGCGAAUUCUACAUUGAUACUUGCUGAACAAAUCUACUUCAACAGCACUGUGCAAUCCGAUCAGUCGUCGUACUUCUAUUUGUACCGCAUCUCCUAUUUGUGGUACAACCCUAUAGGACUGACAAUUACUCUAAUAGUUGGAUAUCUAGCGAGUAUUAUAAUUCGGCUUAUCAAAGGCGGAAACAAUAUCGAACACGAUGCAAGUUUGUUUGUGCCAUUCGUUGCCGCCCGAAUCAGACGGCGACGACAGGACGCGCAGAAAACCGCGAACAGUCAACUCUUCGUUUUGGAGCCCAUAAGAUGAGGCUUUUAUAUGUUUAAAUAGUUCGUAAUUAUAUUACAGUGCAUUAACACAUCGAAUCAAUUGACAGGAUAAUCUAAUGAUCGAUAUUAUAAGAAUACUCGACUGACCUUUACAAAUAAAGUUAUUACAAUCAAAAUUUAGUAUAAUAUUCAGUUGAUUUUUAGUUCAUCUCAAUUAAUUUUUAUUUACUUUUAAACGCAUUUAACAGAUGUAUAUACGCAUGAUCGUCAAUAGUGCCGUUAUUUAUUAUUCAUCAUUUGUAUCGUCACAUAUAAUAGAACUCUGCCAAUUUUGCAUGUGUUAAUACAAUAAAAUUGUUCUCCUCUUUAUGACGCUAAAUAAAAAAUAUACCGUC